AUGGGUCAGGCUCAGAGCUUUACUGACCAAUUUGUCUACCACACCGAGGCGGGCAAGGCCACGGAAGGCUGCACGCCUGUGUUCCGAGCCGCGAGCCACCCCACUGAACUCGUGGAGACUUUUCUAGACAGAGAGGUGCACUCUUCGUGGGAUUUGUUUGACAACACGGUGAAGAGAUCGCCUAACCGGAAGUUUCUGGGCCGUCGUUUCCGUGAUGAGAGGGGUCAAUUGGGGCAGUACGAGUGGAUGACGUAUUCGGAGGCAUGUCAAAUCGCAUUGGCAUUCGGCACGGUGAUGCGGGGUACUGCAGAGACUCCGGGUUUGGUACCAUUGACGGAAGCUGAGGGGUUGAAGAUGCGUAUUUUGGGCAUGUAUGCGAAGAACUGUGUCGAGUGGUUUUUAGCGGAGCAGGGGGCGAAUGCGUACGGCCUCACACUGUGUCCGCUAUACGACACCUUGGGGGACGAGGCGAUGGAGUUCAUUUUGAAGCAGACGGAGAUGUCAGUGUGUUUGGUGGCGUUUGAGAACCUGGAGUCGCUGGUUCGAGUUCUGGAAGGUGACAAACCGGGACAGGUGAAGCCGGGUAUGAAGUUGCAACGCAUCGUUUUGAUCAACCCCUGUACACCUAGUAACCCUGCAUACGUUAUCAACUUGUACCGACAGCCGAUAGAAAAGGCUAAGGAGUUAGGGUUGCGUGUAGAUCUGUGGCACGAGAUAGUGUCGCGGUGCUCGAGGCCUGGUCCCGUGUCACCAGGCGGACCGGAAGAGGUCAACACACUCUGCUACACCUCGGGGACCACAGGCAUGCCGAAGGCCGUGAUUUUGCCGCACAAAAUGGUCGUGGCGGUAGUCGUGGGUGCCGCGCGAGGGCCGAUAUCGCCUGCGGGUUUCUUUGAGGUGAAUGCUUCCGAUAGUAUUUGCUCCUAUUUACCGCUCGCACACGUGUUUGAGCGGUGUGUUUGUAACAUUGUUAUUUCCAAGGGUGGUGGUCUGGCCGUGUACAGUGGUGAUAUGGCCAAGUUAUUGGAUGACGUCAAGGUACUACGGCCCACUGUGUUUGUGUCCGUUCCAAGACUGUUUAAUCGCGUGAAUGAUAAGGUGGCCUUGUCGUUGCUGGAAAAGAAUGUGCCGGUUCAAAUGAUGUUCAGCGUGGGACUCAAUUCAAAAGUAAACCGGCGCCGGAGUGAGUCUAGUACACAGCACAAGAUCUGGGACUCUGUUGUCUUCGGAAAAAUCCGCGAUAUGAUGGGCGGUAGAUUACGUGGAAUGAUAAGCGGAGGUGCACCGUUGGAUCCCAUAGUUAACGAACGUAUGACAGCUUUCUUUGCCUGUCCUUUGAUGCAGGGUUACGGGCUGAGUGAGACCUUUGGUCCGUGUUUUAUGAUGCAUCCCGAUGACCCUAGUGUCGGCUAUAUCGGUGGCGUCUGGCCGAGCGUGGAAUUCAAACUUUCGUCUGUACCAGAGCUCAACUACUACGUCACCGAGGACCCGCCAGCGGGGGAGUUACUAUUAAGAGGUCCUGGUGUAACUUCAGGGUAUUUCAAGAACCCCGAAGAGACACAACUCUCAUUUGAUAAUGAUGGAUGGUUUCAUACGGGAGACAUUGCUACUAUGCAUCCACGAACUCUGGCAGUCAAAAUCAUUGACAGGAAGAAGAACAUCUUCAAGCUCUGUCAAGGCGAGUAUAUUGCCCCUGAAAAGAUCGAAAGUGUUUAUAAUCAAGCUCUCUCCGUCGCACAAAUUUUCGUCUACGGUGAUUCGAUGCAACAAUUCCUCGUCGCAAUCGUCUACCCUGAUAUCGAAGGCUGUAAAGCCUUCCCCAAAUACACCGGCAAAAAAAACAUCUCUGAAGAUCUAUACAGCCUAUGCAAAGACCCUCAAUUCAAAGAAUUCAUAUUACAAGAUCUAGAACAAAUAGCCAAGAAACAGAAUCUCAAAGGCUUCGAAAAAGUCAAGGACUUCGUACUCACUCCUGAACCCUUCACUAUCGAGAAUAACCUCCUCACACCUACCUCCAAAAUCAAGAGAGUGGAAUGCAAAAAAGUACAUCAACACCUCACUCACUACUCACUCACUACUCACUCACUACUCACUCACUACUCACUCACUACAUCAACUGUGCGACACAUAGGAUUACACCGCACUGUGUCAUAUUUCGUGUGUGUCAUAUUUCGUGAUUCUUUCCAGAUGUUCCAGAAGGACAUUAAUCGGAUGUACGGUUUGUUUGACUAG